AUGAAAAAUUGUUCUCAGUCUUACAUAUUUUCUACAAAGUUAUCGUAAAUCAUUAGAAACGGAUGUACUGUUACAAUAACUGUUUAUCAAGAAAGAAUCACUUUGACAGGUAUGAGGAAAACCAGCAAAAGUGAAAAAAUCGACAAAGAAUUCAAUUUUUAAACUACACAAUAUGUCAUACAUUGGGAUUACUCUCAGUAAAAUUUAUCUUCAUUCUCCAUAGCCAUUCUAGAGACAUUGAAAGUUUUAGCCUAUGCAAACAGAAUGCCAAGAAGUACACUUUCAGUGCCAGCAAUGACCAGCUCAGCCAGUUAAAAAGUAUAUUAAAGGGGUUAAUUGGUUUCGCAAACUGGGAAUCGGAUUACAAGUACGUUAAACACAUCAGAGACAACACGAAAAGCUAGGUAUCAAUUUUGAAAAAUCCAUUUUUAGGUAAUCCUUGGUAAACAAGAAAAUUAGUUUUAAGUUCUAAAGCGCAUUGAUUAUCCAAUUGUAAAUAACCAUUACUAUUUAGUCUUCUGAUGAACUGCUAGCCCUUAAACUUCUUCGGGAGCAUCCUCAUCCGAACGUACUUGGCUUCAACUCAUAUUACAUCGACAAUAUGCAUUGCUACAUUGCAAUGGAUUAUCUAUCCUAUGGCACGCUAUUAGACCUUCAGAAGAGGUACAAUUUUAAAUUACCUAUGGGCAUCAUCUAAGAUGUGAUGCUACAGACUUUAGAAGGUAUGUCAUCUUGAAUAUUUCAAAAUAUAGGUUUAAAUCACUUGCACCAAUUAAAAAUUACACAUCGAGAUAUUAAAUAUGACAACAUAAUGAUUGCUUCUUUUAACCCUCUACAAAUCAAAAUCAUCGACCUAGGACUCUCUACAAUCAACACCACUUCCAACACAAGAGCUGGCACCGUAGGAUACAUGGCUCCAGAAGUAUUUACCUCACCUAGAAUCACUGAAAAAAUAGACAUUUUUAGUGCCGGAGCUGUAUUCCACAAAUUACUUGUUGGUAGACCGAUCUAUGAGGAUUAUUGGCAAAAUUAAGCAGCUGACAUUAGAAUCAGUUCGCACAUUCAAAAUAAAAAUGCCUAAGAUUUAUUGCAUCAAAUGCUAAGCCUAGACCCUAAAUUAAGAUACAAUGCUUAAGACUGCCUUGGUCACCCUUUCUUCACAGAUGAAUCCGACUAAUUGUCAUAGAAGUAUGUAAAUCAAAUUAAUUUAGGGCGUAAUUGUAUUUUUAUCUAUCCCCAAAAUAAGCCAAGCUAUAAGUUCACACUCCAGCGACAGAUUUCAUUUCUAAUUAAAAUGUGAACCCCUUUAGACUAAAUUGA